AUGGGAGAAGAACGCAUGUCAUUUAAUGGAGUGUUUAAAAUUGCCUGAUGUUACAAAAGAGAAAGAUUCUUUGCUGGGAAGAGAGUUAGUGAGUGGGACAACUUUUGGCCUCCAGCAAACAAGCUGCGCAAGUCUGAAUCCCUGGAGGAGAGCCUGUCAAGAUCAACCCACUCACUGUCCUCCUACAGUUCGAGCGACAACAAAAAGCAGGACCCAAAACCUAAAAAAUUUAACUUUGAAGUAUUUAAUGACAUUAUUACCUCAACAGCCCCAAAUAUUUCAUCUGUUAGUAGGCCCUUACAGAAGCAAGUAACAAAAUUGUCAAACAGUAGAUCUGCGAUUUCAGAAUUUCGUGCAUCAUCAAGUAGCAAUUCUGGGGGCAUGAUCAGUACUAAUGAAUCAAUGUUUGAUUCCUCUUCCUCAAUUUCUGCAAGUACUGCUGACACAAGGUCAAGAAAUUUCCAGACUGGAAAAGAUCAUUGCUUUUCUCAGACAAAACCUUUUGAUAAUAACGUUUCUAUGGGCAAAAGAAGAUCUGCUUUUGACAGCAAAGUACCAUAUGUGAGUAAAAAAGAAGUAGAUUCAGCAGGUAAUAAAAAAAAAGAGAAGAGACGAAGAGAUCUUAUCAUUCAAGAUGAAGAUGAAGAAGACCAAUAUCCUUAUGUAAAAGUUACUUUCAACAAGAAGUCAGACAAAGCACUGAAAAGAAAGGAAGACAAAGAUUCUAUGUCUUCUUCAUCACGAUCACUUCAGUCCCAGGAUUCAAUAUAUUCAGUUGGCCUUAUGAACCAGUAUAUGGCCUUAAACCACAGGCACAAAUCGCUCAAAACCAAAGAUUCAAGCAGUUCACUUACCUCUAUGACAUCCAGCUUGAAUGACAUGUCUUUUGCUGAAAGCUCUGCCUUUGAUUCAACCCGUUCUGGCAGUGUAGAAAGUGCUGACGUUAGACAGAAGUUUAAUCCUUUCCCAUAUAUGAACAGAAAGCCUGGGCCAUUUCCAUUUAUGGCUACAAAUUCAGCUUGCACACAUCGAUACCCUUUGGAACCGCAGACUGCUUUUCAGAACUAUGGCAUGUACAACUACCAAUCAACAAUUGCAGCCAUGGGCCACAAACCAAAUCCUGAAACUGUGUUUGCUGACUUGAGCUUCAGUGAAGCAUCAGCCAUUCUUCCUGAACGAUUCAUGAAAAGUUGGUUUGAGAAGGUUUAUAUCAAUCAGCAAGAGGAAUACUUUCGUACAAUGGUUCAUCCACAGAUGCCUUUACCAAAUAUGCCUUCCACUUUCUACAGUUCUUAUUAUGAAGAUGACAUUGACCUGCCUCCAAGUGUAAGUGCCCACCAGUCUGGCUACAACACACCGGCUAUGACAAGAUCUUUGGAAAAUAUUCAUGCUCAAGUUGAUGCACAAAAAGGCUAUCAAAAGUUACAAAAUAGAACAAUUAGACGCUCAAACUCCCUAAUGACCAAGAUUUCUUCAAGAAACAGCUUUGAUUAUUCAAACCUUGAACACAAUGAAGUGGAUGAGGAAAUUCUGUCAAAAGUUGGGCCCCUCCCUCUGCAGAAAGAAAAUUCAUUUGAUAAGCUGAGACGCAUACUACAGACUAAGGAAAUGCCCAUCUACAAAGAUCGUAGUGAAAGGCGGUCUGUGUUUGCUGCAAAUCAUCAAAAGUCUCUGCCAAUAUUCCUUGAGACACUAAACGAAGAAGACGAAGAAAGAAGAAGGUCAAGAACACCUUCAGUCGAAAAGAGAUAUUCAGAAACCUCACUCAAAAAGCAGAACAACUCUCAAGUGAUACAAAGAGAGAUGAUUAUUUCAACAGCUGGAAGUGAUUCUUUUUCAAGCGAUAGUAGAAAAAGCAGUGUAUUUAAUACCAUACAUGGAAACUUGCUGCAAUGUUCUGUUGAACAUGAAGGUAAUAACGAAUUCAACACCGUUUAUUCAGAUGAUGGUGAAAAAGAUAUGCAAGAACUUGGCAUACCUAGUAUAGUUGUGUCCCAAAAGUAUAGUGAUGAUGAACUGAAGAGUGCCAAUGAAAUUCUAUGUAUAACUCCAAUGAGAAGUUUGAGUAAUGAAAGAAAAGGUUCAAUUAGUCGACCAAGUUCCCCAAUUACUGUCAAUGAGUUGGGAGAAGAGAAUCAAUCAAAAUAUAGUCUUGAAAUUGAUGAAAUAUUUAGCCCCAAAGAAAAAAAUUCAAAACUUGCAUACGUGAUUAAUGUACAAAAAAUUGAUUCUGUUUCACCAACAAAUGAGACUGAUGAUUUGUUUAUGGAGAGAGUAGAUGUUAAAAGUCAUUUAUCUGCUAGAGCUAGAGAUGAAAAGUUAUUGUCACCAACAUCUUCUGUAUAUUCUCCCAAUAUGAUGUCCCCCAUCACUGUAAUAGAAGCAGUUCACCUUGACAAUACAAAGGACUGUGAUGCUAAUGGAAAAAAAGAAUCUGAAUCUUUAGAAAAAACAAGUGACAUAAGCUCAGAAGGCAGAGAAAAAUCUGUGCCAGCAGGUGAAAAUAAUUCUUUCAGUUUCAAUCCGUUUGCCAAGAAACUUCUAAAAACAAACAAACACUCAAAUGCUCCUAAAUGUUUACAAUUAAAAAGACAUCUGACCAAUAGUCGAGAAGGUCAGCCUACAAAUGUUACUUUUGGAAAUAUUGCACAGCCUGUUGUAAAACAGGAAAUCAAACAUGAUUCUAGAACAAACCAGUCCCAAUUAGAAGAUCUACCUCCAAUAAUUACAUUUCCAAAUAUUGCUGAUCUCCUUGAAGAAAUCCUGCACCACAUGCCCCCUGUGCAGUCAAACAGUCCUGUACCUAUGACUUCUGAAAACUGCCCAGACUGCAGACAUUAUGAAGACAAUAUUGAAAAUCUCCAAGUUAAAAGGAAUGUUAGCCAUUUAAUUAAAGAUCAUGUCAUGUCACACAAUGAUAUGACACAUGAAGGCAAACAAACACUUGAUCAAAUCUGUCAGACUGACACCACAAGAUUUGAACUUUUAAGACACAGAGCUGUUAACUUACUUGAUUUGAUUUUGCAGGACAUACAAUAUGGGCAAUUAGAAAGUUGUUUGUGCUUUAACAAAAACUACUCAACAGUACGCCAGAUGUCCCAUUCCUGUAUUCAAACUGAGAAAAAAUUUAGGUCAGAAGUAAAUUUGUAUGUUACUCAACCUGUCUAUAGGUCAGAAUUUCAAAUGGAUAUUAAUACUUCUGAUGUAAGAAAGCAGAAUCUUAAUGUUAAAAUUAAUGAAAAGCCCAGUUGUGAUGGAUGGGAAAAAGCAUUUGACCAACAGUAUAAAGAAAAUUCUGAGACCACAGAAGCUACACAGCAUGAUGAUGGGGACUAUAAAGUGUUUCUAGAUGCACAGUCAGAGAAUGAGUGUGAGGAACCACACAUGGAUUAUGGUGCCAAUAAUUCUGAGGUGCGCAUGCAGUAUAUUAGGAUAAAAUCAUUAUCUGUCAGUAGAAUAGACUUUGAAAAUGCUGAAUCAGAAGAUGUUCAUAAAUUGAUUGAAUGUGAGGAAAACUUUUACAAAGAUAAUGAUAUUUUGCAAAGUCAAUUAUCCUUCAUAGGUUGCCAACAGAUUCAAGCAGACAGCAAAAAUAUGUAUUCAAAUACAUAUCCAUUAGAAACUGUUCAAGACAGUGCCCAUAGAGAGACAGGGAAUGAAAUGUCAACAUUUGAAUGUGAUGAGUAUUUACCAGUUCAAACACCUCGAGCAUGGGUAGAGAAAGGUUCGAAAAAUGAAGGACUAAAUAAAUCUUUGCCCACAUAUGGCUCUGACAGUAAGGAUGAAAUAAAGAGAACUGAAACUGCAAAGUUCAAGAACAUGUUUGGUUUUGAAGAAAAGCAAAGCAAUCUUUUUUACGUUGAGACUGAGCACAAUUCAAAUGUGAAUGGAAUUGGUUAUCAAACGCCAACCACGGUUUUGGAUAAUGAAAAGGUGAUUACCAGGAAACGUACUUUCCAGAGAAGUAAAAACACAGAAGAGGAAGGAAGUGAAAUGAAUAUUGGAUCUGUACAAGACUUGAACAUUGAAAAUAUUUUAGUCCAAGAUGGAGAACAGGAGUAUGUGGAAUCGGCAUCUCUGAAAACCAAAAUAGCUCAAGUAGUGUCUGUCAAACCUGAGCAUAAACUUGCAAUAAAUAUUGUUGAUGCUUUAAACCACUGUGAACAAAAUAAUAACACAGAGUCAAUAUCUCUGAUGAGAACUCCAGCAGAACAUGUUUCCAAAGCACCGAAACCAGUCUCACAGUCGGAACUUGGUUACAGAUUCAGUGAAGAGAACGACUGUUACCACAUGUUUACCAAACUCAAAGUAUCCAUAGAUACAGAUACAGUUGAUUAUGGAAAUGAGCCACUUGUCCAGACUAACUAUAGUUCAAUGGACAUAGACAAAUCAUCAGUAAAAGAGAAUGCUAAUAAUGAAAGUGAUAAUCUAGAAAUGUCUACACCAUGUGUUCAUUCUUUUGACAAAUAUAAACAUUUGUGUCGAAAUGAGGACAAAUCACCAUCUUUUAAUGUUUCAUCAAAUGAGCAGACUGGUCAAUCCUCACACAAGUCAAUCACACCAAAGCUGCAUUCAAAUACAAAUGAAAAAUCUGUUUGGAUAGUGUCUAAAUCUUUUGAUGGGUUUCAAUAUGGAACUGGUGAAAGUCAGGCAGAAAAAGAAAAAAUCUUUGUUUUAUCUGGUACAAAACAUGAAUACGAAGUAGAUAAAAGACAAUUGAAAUCCAGGCCCUAUGAAUAUUGGGAUUCAUUAAAUGAACACAGAUUGGUAAAAAGUGUCGAUGAUUUCGACAUGUUUCAACAGAUUGAUGAGGAAAGUGAAUAUGAAAAGGAACCUGAAACUGAUCUUUUAUCAGAUGCGGAAACUAAAAAAACGUUUGAAGAGAUUGAAAGAUUGUACAAAAUGUCUGGUCAUUGUGGUACAAACAGGUAUGGAAAUGUGACUGACAUGGAAGAUGAUGUGCUAGAGUGCAAUCCUGUCCCUGGAAACUCCCAUGAAAGAUUUUUGAUGGAUGAAAAUUAUGACAUUCUGGAUCAUGAAACUGCACAAAUGGAGGCAUACUUAAAUGGAAGCACAUGCAUGUGAUAACUGUCAUCAUUCAUUGAAAAUCCAUACAGUCUGUAAACCGAAAGGCAUUAUUUAUCAAUCCAUACAGUCUGUAAAGCGAAAGGCAUUAUUUAUCAAUCCAUACAGUCUGUAAAGCGAAAGGCAUUAUUUAUCAAUCCAAACAGUCUGUAAACUGAAAGGCAUUAUUUAUAAAUCCAAACAGUCUGUAAACUGAAAGGAAUUAUUUAUCAUGAUGAUUGCAGGGCAUGUUUGACUGCUCUGGAAUCAGAGACUGGAAAAAGUGAAUGUUGAAGAAACAUUGUAUACAAUUUUGUUAUAUUUGUUAAUAAUUAUAAAAUCAUAACUUUUGUUGAUGGUACCGGUAUAUGCUCAUUUUUACAAAGUUCCUAUUAUUGCUGUUAUGUGUUCCCAUUUACCAUUGUUAUGUUUUGUUGUCAGUAAAAUUAUUUUAAACGUAAACAAAAUUUGUAAUUUGUUAUCCAUUUAAAACCAAUAAACCCUCAAAAUCAACAAAUAUUUCGUACAAAAUUACGAAAAAAUAAAGUAAACACAUAAAAAAAAU